UUCUCCCGUCAAUUUGGAGAGAUUUCUUCGCCUUUUUCUUUUCAAUCUCCCUUCCAACUUAGGGUUUUUUUUUUAGAGCUGUAAGGAGUAAAGCAUAGUUUUGGAUUUGUUUGUAUUCCUUUUUUUUCACCCUUUCUUGGGAAAAUUAGGAACCUCAGUCUCCACGGUACGAGCGUGUUUCCUCUUCUUCCUGGCUACACCUCUACGAAGACGUGUUCAGUUCCUUGCGUUUACAGAAUACAAUGUUUAAAGAAGCAGAACAGCAGAUAGAAUGCCUUGAGAAACUUCAAUGUCCAUGAUUUAUAAGUGGAUUCGUAGAAGGAGAUGAUGCGGAAAAUUCAGCUAUUAUGUACGUUGUGCAUGGUUCUCUCUUUGUUUUGUGGUUCUGCUGUGGCAAAUUCAACAAAUGAAACUCACGACUCGGGAAGAGUGUUGGAAGCACAACCGCAUAGAAGAUCGGUGACUGCUCCCCGCAGGAAUUUGGAAGACUCUGUCAUAGAUGGGUCCGGUACAGAGCCUUUUAAGAUCGUUGGUGAUUCUUCUGAUGAGUUCAAGGGUAAGAAAAGCAGCACCUCUAAAGUUGCAGUCUCUACAGUUGCUUGGCUCACCCUGGCAAUGGCAGCGGCAAGUGGCUUAGGCUCAAUACCGUUCUUCUUUGUGGAGCUGGAACCUCAGUGGGCAGGGUUGUGCAAUGGGAUGGCUGCAGGUGUCAUGUUAGCUGCAAGUUUUGACCUUGUGCAAGAAGGGCAGAACCAUGGCAGUGGCAGUUGGGUGGUUGUUGGGAUCCUUGCAGGAGGCGUUUUUAUCUGGCUCUGUAAGAAGUUUUUGGAGCAAUAUGGUGAAGUGAGCAUGUUGGACAUCAAAGGUGCUGAUGCGAGGAAGGUCAUUCUUGUGAUUGGAAUAAUGACUCUUCACUCUUUUGGUGAGGGCUCUGGUGUUGGAGUCUCCUUUGCUGGUUCAAAGGGGCUUUCUCAAGGUAUUCUGGUAACAUUAGCCAUAGCUGUGCAUAAUAUUCCGGAAGGCUUGGCUGUGAGCAUGGUCCUCUCCUCAAGAGGCGUCUCUCCACAAAAUGCAAUGUUAUGGAGUGUAAUUACUUCAUUGCCUCAGCCGAUUGUAGCUGUUCCAUCAUUUAUGUGUGCGGAUGCAUUUCACAAAGUCCUUCCUUUCUGUACGGGCUUUGCUGCUGGCUGCAUGAUUUGGAUGGUGAUGGCAGAGGUGCUCCCUGAUGCAUUCAAGGAAGCUCCCCCUUCACAAGUUGGAACAGCUGCUACAAUCUCUGUAGCCUUUAUGGAAACACUAGGCACAGUAUUCCAGACUUUCAGUGAAGGAUACAGCUCAGAGCAUCUUUACGGGUUAUUGGUUUCCCUUCUUUUUGGACUUGGCCCACUCAUGGGUGGUGCCAUUUUGGUUGCAUUGGCUAUCCCGUUCCGCCUGCAUCACUCUUUUCUCACAGGUGCCUCUUCGGGGAUUGCCUUUGUCCUUGCUGCAUGGCGACCUUUACAGUUGUGGGCUGGUGCAAAGAUGGGAUUUUUCACUGUUUUAUCACUGCUGGGUUUGGGUUCUCUCCUCUUCCAUGUAUCGACAACAGGCCUUCUUAGGCUAGCCAGGCGAAAGGCCUCAACAAACAGCCUUUCGGCAUCUGGUUUCCCCAUAAGUGCUCUGACACUCCAAGCAUUCCUAGCCUGUGGAACUGUAGCUCUUCACGCCCUUGCUGAAGGUCUUGCUCUGGGUGUGGCUGCUCCAAAAGCCUAUGGUCUUGGGCGUCACAUGAUGCUGCCAGUUUCCUUACAUGGCCUUCCUCGUGGUGCAGCUGUGGCAAGUUGUGUGUAUGGUGCAACCGAUAGUUGGCGAGGUGCAGUCGCUGCAUCGGCACUGACAGGCCUUGCUGGUCCAACAUCUGCUAUCGGGGCAAUACUUGCAGGCAUCGGCUAUAGCGGGCUUGAUUACUGGAUGGUCCUUGCUUGUGGGACUCUUCUGCCAAGUUUUGGAAGUAUUUUCCAGCGCGUCAUCCGGUUGGACCCCAGAAGGAGUGUCUUUGGGCUUGUGAUGGGAUUGACAUUCGCAUUUGCAUGCCUCACCAGCACCAGGCUUGUGUGCUUACACACACCUUAUUGCAAUUCUGCGCCUGAAGCUGUGACCUAGAGUUUGCCAACCAAGAUGAAGCUGAUCAUGUGGUUAAAACAGAUGGAAAUCAACCUAGAAGAAGGUAUUGAGCUUAACAAUAUUGCAGCAUGCCUGCCUGAGAGCAACAUUUGCCCCAUCCGGAAGGCGAUUUUUAAGAUGAAAUAGGUAUAUAUUUACUGUGGAGAUGCAGAAAAUGCUCAUGAUUUCUUUAUCGUAGCCUGUAGAAAAUGUUUCAUAAUUUCAUCAUUCAGGAAUACAAAGUCUAUCUGGAGUC